AUGGCGGCGGCAGGGUCCCAGCAGCUCCAGUUCGCAGAGGGCGCCGCUUUCCCCACCUUCCCGGCCGCGCAUCCUGGGGGGCAGCAGCUCCCAGUCGCUGGGCUGCCCCCGGCGCUCCCCGACUCUCGCGCCCCAGCCGCCACGCCGUGCUUUCCAAGCCAGGGCCCCAGGCCCGCAGCGCAGACCCCUGCCGGCCUGGAUCCGCCCGGACCCUCCAAAGGCGCGGCCGCCCCGUCGGCGCCCCAGCGCCGCAAGCGCACGUCGUUCAGCUCGGAGCAGCUGCAGUUGCUGGAGCUCGUCUUCCGACAGACCAUGUACCCCGACAUCCACUUGCGGGAGCGCCUCGCUGCGCUCACGCUGCUACCCGAGUCCAGGAUCCAGCUCAGCGGUUUUUUUUUCCCUCCUGUCCCCCAGGUGUGGUUCCAGAAUAGACGAGCCAAAUCCAGGCGCCAGACUGGGAAGCCAUUUCAGCCGCUACCCUCAAGGCGGGAAGUUUUCCUCCAUCGCCCUGCUCCUGGGACUGAAGCAAGGUGCUUGAAGCCUCAGCUGCCUCUGGAGGCAGAUGUGAACCGCGUUCCCGAUCCCAACGUGGCCGGAGGAGGCGUCUGUACUCAGAGUUCUCAGAGUUUUGAAACUUAUUCAUCUCUCUCUGAGGAUAUUGGCUCAAAGUUGGACUCGUGGGAGGAGCACAUCUUUUCUGCCUUAGGUAACUUCUGAGGAUUCUAGGAAAGUUGAGGAUGCACUCAGGGAGAUCUGGGAGAUUCGAACCAGAACACUACCCUGUCUGAUCUCCUGACUGGCCAAGGCCUUGGUUUCUGGACCAUCUCUCACAUUUAGGUUUCCCUCUCAGACACUGAGCCUUUAACUGCUGGCUUGUUCUCAGAAGCCACCCAAAAGUCACUGUGAAUCUCCAAGACAGCACAUUAUAAUUUGAUCCACAUCUCCUAGGCCUUCUUACUAGGGUGAUUCUUAUUUUUUUCAGACUGACUGUUCAGAACUUGUUUUCUUCAUAAGAACCUUCGGCUUGACUCAGUUUCCCCCUUCUCGGCAGCUGCUGUCUUCUCGUAGUCCCACCAGGACCUACAGCGUGGGUUCACCCACUCUAACCCACGUCUUACUCUGACCUUAUCGCCGAGAUGUAUUACUCUUUUUUACUGAGUCUUUUCGUUUUGUUCUUGACCUGGCUGUGUAAGUAAGGACACCUCGAACUCCUGUCCUACCUUAACUUGCCACCAUGACUGGAUGUUGCUAUUUUUUGCUUAAAAUUGUAUAUGACAUUAACAUGUAUAUUCAGAUUAUUGGAUGUCACUAUUUUCGUUUAAACUUUUAUAUGGCAUUAGCACACAUACCCAAAUCAAGCUGCUCAACACAUGUGUGGUAUCAG